AUGCGUCCAUUGACAGAAGACGAGAGCAAAGCGGUCUUCACAAAGCUUGCAAACUACGUAGGGAAGAAUCUUGUCCAUUUAAUCGACAGGCCAGAUGAGCCUUACUGUUUCCGCCUACAAAAAGACAGAGUGUUCUAUGUCUCCGAAUCUUCUAUGCGCUUAGGCAUAUCUGUUGCUCGCCCGAACCUUGUUAGCCUUGGAACGUGUCUCGGCAAAUUUUCUAAGAGUGGAAAAUUUAAAUUGCACAUCACUGCGCUUGACUAUCUUGCCCAAUAUGCAAAGUAUAAGAUUUGGAUUAAACCGAAUGGAGAGAUGCCUUUUUUAUAUGGCAAUCAUGUUCUAAAAGCUCACCUUGGGCGGAUCACGGAAGACACUCCGGAGCAUCAAGGUGUCGUGGUCUUCAGCAUGAAUGAUACACCUUUGGGAUUCGGUGUAACAGCACGAUCCACGGUGGACACCCGCAAGCUGGAUCCUACUGCUAUCAUUGUCUUCCAUCAAGCAGACGUAGGCGAAUAUCUACGUGACGAGCAAGCCCAACACGCGUACACGCACAAGAGUGUUGCUAAGUACUUGAACGCGGAGAAGCGCACGUGGCUGCCGCAUACGAUGGCGACGACUUCCAGCUUCAUGCCACUAGAAGACCUCAGCCGACGGUGGUCGGCUUUGAUAGACACAGAGCUCACACUAAACGAGGUCGACACGCUCCUGAAACCCAUUCCUGAUGACUCAUGGGUGGCAUUUGCAUGUGCUGACCGCAUCCUGGAUGAUGUUACCGUGCAACGGUCGCUCCUUGAACUUGGUCUUGAAAGAACGCAAUUUGCGGUAGACCGAAGUAAGGAUACUUGCACAGAUUUAGCUUCAGUUAUAGGAAACCCUACCGCUGAGGUGAGUCAAAAUGACGAGGCAGCACACACAGAGAACCAUACGGACACGAGAGAGCAGACACUUCACGCUAGUAUUCUCUCUCACUUUCGCGCAGAGCCCGUGGACGCACAGCUAUGUCGCGUACGCCAGAUACUCUUGACCCGUCUCGAUCGGUUAAACACCUAUGUGGAGAUAUACAAGGAUACCUCUGCAAAGACGGAUGCAGGCGACUCAGUGGAUGACGAAUGGGAGGACGACCCAUGGGCAGAGGAAUUCAACGAAGAGCAAGGGACGUCCGCUACUAUCAUGCAGGGAAACACUGUUUUGCCAUUAUCGACGUUCCUCGCUGCAGACCUCCUGCAAGUAGCCUGCCUUCUGGCUUCUAUGGAGCAGUUUGUUGCCCUUCGCUUAUUGACAGAACGACAUGGCGAACAACUUUGGCCGUAUCGCUUUUCUAUCCUCGAUAGCAUCCCGGAGCACACACCCACUACAACGUUUAAAGACAUACUGCCGAUAUACGACCCUUCCGCGGAUAGAGAACGCUGGAUCGAAUCCAAACCAUGGAGGUCUGAACUUGACUUCUCUGAAACCUCUCAAGUGGUGCAGGCUCUUACAGAUUCAGAAUUGCCACUCAAUAUAAAGCCGUUAUCUCCAAUCUCCUUGCCUUUCUCGCCUCAGUCGGAGCCGUUGUCAUCUUCAGCACUAGUAGCGUGGUACGAAACCAGAAUUGACCUCAUCAUUUCUAGUACUGGGAUGAUCGACUCUGCCCUGCAGUUGGUACAACACGCUGCAUCACAAGGUUUACCUGGCCUUGAUGAAAUAGGGGAAGAACUCAGCCUUCUGUCUAGGCUGGUCUAUGAUACGCCCGUCACUCUUACCGAUGAGGAUGAUGACUGGUCCCUCGAGCGUUGGAAAUCUAUGGGCCCUUCGGAUAUUAUACAUGCCUACCUUGCGCAUACUACAACACAAACAGUAGCUCGUGAUAUCAAUAGGCUGGUGAUGCCCUACUUGUUUGUUCUUGAAUCACGCGCAGAACGGGCAGGUUAUCCAGAUCCGCAGCUGCCGACUCGACUACUCUACGAGUACAUUCUCGGGGCCUCCCUGGAAACCGUCGCGGCAAUUUUUGAAGCCUCAAAACCGACUCUACCACCAGUCCAGCGAGUCAUACGCAGUGAUGAGGAUAUGGCAAGGCUUGCACUGGCGUGUUUGUAUGGAAGUGACCGCCUUGAUGCAUGGUCAGCUAUGAGCCGCAUCUUCGAAUGUUUGCCUGCGUGGGAUGUGACGGGAGACGAUGGCGAAGCAGAUGAAGCAGAUACUACCAUCAUGUCCUUGGGUGCUUUCGUCGUACCUUCCUCAACCCGACCUCGAUGCACCCCUGCAGAUCUCAUGAUCUUUUUCACACCUCUUCCCUCGUCAUCGCUCUCUCGCCUGUUGGAUGUUUUAGAUGUCCAUCUGGAGUCCGGAGAGAUUCUGGCGAGAUGGAGCGCUCCUACACCACUGCGGUGGUUCUUACAGAGCAACGCUAAUAUCACGGAGCAGCGCGCCUGGGCGAAUAGGCUAGCGCGUCGUGCCGGCGGCUCGCAGGACAAACUGGACUCUCAGAACGAUUGGGAGUGGCUUCUUGAGGACAUGCUGAAGCUGUCAGAGACAGGUGAUAGUGGGUCAUGGAGCGCCUUUUGCCUCCUCUCAAAAGACGACGUGAUUCGAACCUUCUUCAGCGGACUUCUGAGUACUGGUCAGUUUAACGUUGCGAAGAACUUGCUGUAUUCAUCCAUAGUCUCACCAUCUAUGAGCCCUCAAGUAAUUGAAGAAAUCUGCUUAGCGUGUUCUCAAGAGUUCUAUGACAAUGCAAAUUCUGGUAAUUAUCAUUUCGGUGACAUGAAGUUGGCGUACGACUGUCUGGACAUUCCUUCUCCCUCGAAACGCGUCAUUCAAGAGAAAGAAUUUAUUGAAGCCACUUCGCGUCUAUGUUCCUUCAACUUAAUGUCCCGUCCAGGCAUCGUAAUUACGCCCCUCGAGAUCCGUCUCACCAAUGAUCGCCUGUCAUUGGUUUCCCGUGUUUUAUCGAGCAACAAUGACGCCUACAAACACACGCAAGUUAUUUUGGAACUCGUACACAAGCUUGGAUACAGGGAAGACCCGGUGGCGGAAGUCAAGACUCUUGCAAUGCUAGCCGAGACAGCUUUACAAGCAGGAGACUUUACGCGUGCUUACGAGGCUAGCGAGAAAAUGGUCAACACCGUCGUGAAAAUGAAGACAUCUGCUCUUGCUGGACUUCAGGACCGCGAUGUUGAGGUGGCGAGCGAGGUCUGCUGGGUGGGGUGUUUCCAGUUAGGACGACAUCCCGAAUUCGAGGACGUGCAGAAGAAGCUCACGCUACUCGGUCGUGCGCUGGAGUUUUGUCCCGCAGACCAACUCGUUGAUGUCCUCGCAAUAUUCCGACGACUGGAGGAAGAGGAUACCCAGGAGCGGCGGGAACGCUUGGAAUCUCAUCGCACGGGUAUACGCCCUGUGCAAGCGCGAGAGCGCGCUGUCCAUGCCCAUGACCCAAUGUCGUCGCUUACGGCCCGCCUGCAGCAUUUGCGUAUGCCUGAGUUGCAUAUGUCUCAUUCGCCGCUAGCGAAUGCCCCUGAUGCCACCGCGCUCGCCAACAAGGCACUCAGCCGUGUGGCCGCCAAUUUUCCGUUCUCUGUUGGUACUCGAGGCCGAACAGCCCAUUCAGAGACCAACUCAUGGGGAAGCAGAGAAGGGAGUAGAUCGAGAGCUGAUGGCGCAGAUGUCUCUGCACAGGCAACACGAGUGUUGCAAGCCGGUAUUGGGUGGUUGCUUGGUGGAGAAGACAGCUGA